UGACAAGCGGCGGGUGCGCAUGCGCGGGCCUCGAGCUGGAGCAAAGUUUGAAUUCGCGAGACGUUGAGUGACUUUUCUCCCCACACGUCCCACUUUCGGUCUUUUUCAUGUGAAGAGUCAUUAUCCGAGAGUUCUCCAGCAGAGAGAGAGAGAGAAAGAAUCCUAGCCAACAUGGAUGAGGCAGAGGGAGCUGCUAACCGCUGGGAACUGAGUAAGGAGAACAUCCAGCCACUGAAGCAGGGACGGAAGGCCACCGUCUUGUCUGUGGCCCUCGAUGAGAGUGCUGCACGGAAGCUUAAUGCAGAGAGGCACGUUUUUGAAGAGGAAUUACGCACAUAUUCUGGAGAUGAUCCCCUGGACGUGUGGUACCGUUAUGUCCUUUGGGUCGAGCAGAACUACCCCAAAGGAGGUAAGGAGGGAAACAUCAUGAAGCUCAUCGAAAAGUGCGUCACUGCCCUACACACCAGCAAAGACACCCACAAGAAAUAUGACAAUGACUCUCGUUUCUUGGAACUCUGGAUUAAAUAUGCAAAUCUGUGUCCCAGUCCAGUGGAAAUCUAUCAGACACUGGAAGCCAAAGGAAUGUGUACAGGCCUUGCUGAAUUCUAUAUGAGCUGGGCAUGGGAGAUCGAGAAAGUGGGCAACUACAAGCGUGCAGAUGCAAUCUAUCAGAAGGGUCUCCAGUGUGGGGCUAAGCCAUUAGAUGUCCUGGAAGAUGCACAAAAAAAGUUCCAGAUGAGAGUUGCCCGCUCAACACUGGAAGGAAAGCUGGUGGAGACCGAUACAAGUUCCUCUGAAGCCCAGAGAGGUGCACUCACCUCUCUGAAACCUCAGGGACGCAAGCACCACGUCCCGACUGAACGUGUGGGAGCUAAUGUCAUUGGGCCUGCAGGAAGGGUAGCUGUUGCUCCCCCCACAAGCAACCGUGGUGGACCAUCAUUUCAGAUUUUCCAAGAUACAGGUGGCCAGUCAGUGGCUUCUCAGAGAGAAGGCUCUGGGGCAGCUCUGCCAAUCAGAACAGCAGUGAACAAGGAGAAUGUCAAAGACCCUGGUGUUUGGUCUAAGGCUAAAGCUUCCCAGAGAACCACUCCUGUUGUGGCUGUGGAAGACCUCAACAAAUACCAAAAGCCUGCAUUCUCAUUACAUGAAGAUGAUCAACUCUCUCAGCCCACAAUCACCCCAGCCAAACUCCCACAGACGAGUAAUGUUCUAAGCAUUCGCAAAAGAGAGUUUGAGGAGUGGAAUGUCCCCAUGUUUAUCUCCGAGCCCUUUGACCCAAAAGUCCAACCACAGUAUUGCAAACAUAAGGUGUAUUGUGGCACAGAGGAGUUCAGCUUUGAAGAGCUUCGGGCAGCUAAAUUUUUCAAGAAGCGUAAAGAGGAGGAGAAAAAGAAUGCUGAACUUCAACAAAUGCAGGAUAUGCUCAAGAAGCAAGAGGAGAUGAUCCAGCAGUUACUUCAGGAACGUCUAUCUCAGCAGAAGAGAGAGGAAUCUCAGUUAAGGGCUGCUGAGAUGGUCUCCCCAUCAGAACCUGCCUUGGAAAUCAGUUCGGUUAGAAGAAAAAGAGAAGACAGAAAGGCAGAGAAUAUGGGACGCAACAUCUAUCACGACAGUUGGGUAGCCAUUAACAAGUCGGUGAAUGCCUCUGUCAACUACUCGGUGAAUGUAUCUCAUCUUUUGGAUGAAAGUACUACCAGUGCAUUGCUACAGUGCCAGCCUGCAGUGGCCAGUCCUUGUAGCAAGGAAUCUUCCCAUGUGCAAGAACCUAGUUUGUCAGUGCCAGCGCCCCUCCCUACUAGUCGGGACAAUUCCAACCUGAGUUCCAGCAGCAACUCGCGUGGUCUUAAUAUCACUGACCCCACCGUCAACACCAAGAUGGCUAUGAACAUGAUCAAUGAAAUGUGGUCGGCGAGUCUUUUCAAAGAUGACCUCCAGCAGGACACCAACAGCCUGGGACAGACACCCGAACCUGAGCCCAAGGCAGCUGCGAAAGCAAGCGCACCCUUCUCUAUCUUCCAGGAUAGCAACCCUAGUCACAGUGGCAAGGAUUCAGACUCUGCCCCAUUCACUAUAUUCACUGAUACAUCUGAUAAGAAACCAGUGAAGAGUGAUCCAUUCAUGAUUUUUUCUGAUGAGGUUGAAAGCGCCCCCAAGAAGCAGGAAAUCAAACCGUGCCAGCCAUUUGCCAUAUUCUCUGAUGCCGAGGCCUGCAAAGUACCCGACCCAAAUGAUCUGUACCUUGAUGACAACGACGAGAACGACCCCCCGGCAGGUUUUGUUCAGCCAAAGGAAUUCCGAAGCACCUCUGGCAUCCUGCAACCUGCCACCAAUAUCCCUGUGCUGAUUGUGGAGGAGGCAAAUGAGCCAGAGGUGGAGGAGGAGAAAGUGGAGGGGGCUGUGGGUAGGGGUGAUGGGACUAGAGGGGACUUGGAAAGGGAUGAUGAUUAUCUAGAUGACAUUGUACCCUUGAAUGGAGGAAACCUGGCUGACUUGACCCUGAAGAUGCCCAAAAACCCUGAGGCUUUUGCCAAGAUGGCCAAGGUGGCAUCCACACCUGGGCCAUGGUCGCUUGGCUGUGUACCCCAGGCCACAACCAAUGGGGACGACUUCACCAUGGCUGUCCUCAAGAUUAGAGACCACUUCCCGGAAAUAAGAGAAAAUGAAGAGAAGGAAGACAGCGGAGAGCUCAUGCCUCCUCCUCCAAUCACCCAAGCUCCUCCCUCCUCGCCCAUCCCCAAGCCUACUCUCUCCCCCAUUAUGGAGGCUUCAAGAGAGUACAGGUCGUCUUCCACCUCCAGCAGUUCUGGCUAUUCCACCACAUCCACCACUCUUGGAGGCCACACUGUACAUGGGAUCACCCAACAAGGGGGUCUGUCCACCACACACAUUUCUCGCUCACGACACAACUCCCACACGCAGAUAGAGUUUGCUCUUGAGAAUGGAGGACCUGCUCAGACUGGAGACUUUACCAAAUCAGGAUAUUUAGCUGACAAAUCACGAGGAGAGAGCCUUGCUGAAACCAAACCAAGUUUUGCAACACAGUUUCGAGCCGAUGAUAAAGAUGACUUUGACCCACGCGAAGCAGCUGUCAUGCUAAUGAACAUGGAUGAAAUGCCACAGUCACUGGCAGAGUCUACCAGGAUAGAUGCAAGAGAACCUAGACAUGUUUCAGCUUGUAAGACACAAAAGCCAAAGCUACCUGAUGUGAUCAAUCCCUUUGAUGAGGACCUCCUACAAACUCUCCUGCUAAAUAUGGAACAGCCUGUUGAGGAGCGAGGAGGCUUUGUGCUGCAACAAGGAAAAAUGCCUCAAGUAAAGCCAAAUAGCCAGGUCACCCUUGGAGGCGAGAUGUUCCAUGUCCGGCGUCUACGAGGGGAGGGAGCCUAUGCCAAGGUGUACCAGGCCUCCACACUUGACCCCAUGAAUGUCACCAUCCUACCCUCUCUGGAUGACAGUGACGAUGAAGAUGAGGAGGAGGAUGACGAGAAACAGAUGAUUCUGAAAGUUCAAAAGCCAUUCUGCCCAUGGGAGUUCUACAUUUGCCAUGAACUCCGUGAGCGGCUGAAGGCUGAAGAUGCAUCCCUUAACAUGCUAGACUCAGUCAUGAGAAUAAACAGGGGCUACUUCUAUAAUAAUGGGUCAAUCCUGGUGAACCAGUACCACAAGUAUGGUACAAUACUGGACAUUGUGAACAGAUACAAGGUUGCUGGUAAGACUGUGCCAGAAGAACUAGCCAUGUAUUUCAUGGUGGAGGUUCUGUCUAUCCUAGAGGCACUGCACAGCUGCAACAUAAUCCACGCUGACAUAAAGCCUGACAAUUUCCUGAUCCGCAACACCCCAGUCAUAGAUGCAACGGCAAGCUCCCCUGCUGAGAUGUUUGCAAGCUGUCCAUCGUCUGUCAAACUGAUUGAUUUUGGUCGAAGCAUUGACAUGCAGUUGUUUCCAGAGGGAACUACCUUUGUGGAAAAGGUAACAACAGAAGGCUUUAGUUGUUGUGAAAUGAGAGAAGGCAAGCCUUGGACCUACCAGACUGACCUCUAUGGAGCUGCAGCAAUAGCUUUCUGUCUUCUCUUUGGUUCUUAUAUGGACGUCAAGAAGAGCAUGAAUGGCCAGUGGGAACUGAAGGGUGUCACUCUUAAAAGGUACUGGAAGAAGGAGCUGUGGCAGUUGGUCUUCUCCACGCUGCUGAAUGUACCCUCCUGCUCAGCCGUUCCUAGUCUAUCUAAGCUCAAGCAAAAAAUUAUGACCACCUUCUUUGAGAAUGGCAUGCAAAACGAGUUCAAUGUGAAAGUUCAGCAACUGUUCACCAUGAUGAUUCAAAAGAGCUGAGAACGAGUCACAGGCUGUCGAGAGAUUUGAGCCUGCGCCAUGACGAAUUCGUAUGGAUGGUUUUUAAAUGAUAACUUACAGGUGAAGCAAAGUGAUACAAGAUACCAGUUAGAUAUUGUUAUAAGUCGAGUGUGAAUUAUUUUUUUAGUGACCCUAUGCAAACUGUCAUAGGAAAUGGUAUAUAUAGUGCAUAAUUCAUACACGCUUGUUACUCAAAGUUCAAAGGUAAUGUGCCUUCACCACAGUUGAAAAGUUUAUUUUUUAAGGAAAUGCUUCGGCAAUGUUUUGACAUAGAUCUUAAGGUCUUGACUAAACUUUUCUAUUGUCCUAUUGUUACCAAAGUCUGAAUUGGGCCUUCAUCUUUUCUGUCUUUUAUUUCUUCUUUUAAUUUCAGAUGAUUAUGUUAUUUUAUAUGGUUUACAAGCACAAAACUGUAUUUUUUUUGUAUAAUACACUGAAGUGAGGAUAUAACUUGUAAUACAAACUGUGUCAAAGACUGAAGCCUUGCAUAAAUUGAAUUUUUUAAGGCUAAGAUGUAUCUGUAUUUUUUAUGCAACAAAUAAAGAACAAAUUCAUAUA